ACUAAGAAAAUAAACAUCUUAGGUUUGGGGCCUGAGGGGGGAAAGUAGAGACAGCCGCAUCAUCGAUUACCCGUUUUCUUACCCGAAGUCGGAGAAUCCAGUUGAACGUGGCGCUGCAACCUCCCUUCAGUGAGGCUUCUCUCUUAAUAUUAAGAUUCUCAGGAUCACGUUUGCGAUGAAUUAUGACGUGCAGCCAAGUGAGCCAGAACGCGUCGACGCUCUAGCCCGCCUCGCACUCGCUGCCCUGCUGCCUGCGCAAAGCAGGCGCUCUAGCCCGCACAGUUGGCGGCCUCGUCUCGCCAGCCCCGGGGAGGACCCCACGUCCGGUGGUAACAGACGCGGGCGGGGCAUUCCGGGCGCUGGGUUCCACUGGUCGCAGGGACAGGAUACGUGCGUGCCCUCGACCUCCUGUCUGUCAUGGACCUCGCCGGCACCAGCUCCAGCUUUCAGUCGGACCUGGAUUUCUGUCCGGAUUGCGGCUCGGUCCUGCCUCUGCCAGGAACUCAGGAUACAGUCACUUGUACUCGCUGUGGCUUCUCCGUCAACGUGCGAGACUUCGAAGGCAAGGUUGUGAAGACCUCAGUUGUGUUCCACAAACUGGGAACGGCCAUGCCUAUGUUGGUGGAGGAAGGACCUGAAUGCCAGGGACCCGUGGUUGACAGGCGCUGCUCUCGAUGUGGUCACGAGGGAAUGGCAUACCACACCAGACAGAUGCGCUCAGCCGAUGAAGGGCAGACCGUCUUCUACACCUGUACCAACUGCAAGUUCCAGGAAAAAGAAGACUCUUGAUUCCCUCCACCCCCCACCUCCCGGGUGACUCAGCGAUCCCUCCCUGUCCUCUUCCUUGGAAGGUGAAGGAUAUUGGAAUCUUCGAUCCCUUGCAUGGCCAUCCCCUGGUUUUAAUAUGUUGCUCCCAGAAGAGAAGCAGAUCAUCAUGUGGGUAUUACCAUUGUCUUUAUUCCUAGUUGAGUUUUCCUAAAUAAAGUUAUAUUUUUCUAUAAGA